CUUAAACUCAAAUAGGCAAGGCAUAAAUUCACAAAGCUGUUUGUACUUUAUAGAGAUCAUUAUUAUAGUAUAUUUGGUUACAAUGCAGGACAAUGGCAGGGGCGAGGAACACUUUCAGUUUAUACAGCGCACAGAUCAGAAGAGUCUGCAUACGCAGAUUGGGCUGCUGGUGAAGAAGGCGCUGCAGGUAACGGAGGAGGAUCUGCAGGAUCGUCACAAUCGUUUGAAGAAGCAGCUGGAGCAUGAGGACACCAUCUAUGAGCAGGAGUUUGCCACCAAGGUGAAGAAUCGCUUCGAUGAGGACAUACGCAAUCGACAGGAACAGCUGCAUGAGAUCAAGGAGCAGCGCGACAUACGCCACAAGCACUUUGUGCACAAGAAGCGCGUGCAGCAGGUCAUGGAGAAUUGCUAUGAAAUACGCGAGGCGCUGCGCCAAAAGGAUUUGACGGACACCAAGCUGUGCCAGAGCGAGCAAAUACUGGAAAAUCAGCGCAUGAAGCGGCGCGAGUGCGACAGAGAGCAAUAUUGGCUGAAGCUGAAUCAGCGACGCUGGGAGGAGUAUGAUCGCGUGGAGAACUACGAGCGGCGCAAGCGUGAGCAGGUCAAGGAGCAAAUAUGCCAUGUGCUUAAGGAGCAGCUGGCCGAGCAGCAGGAGCAGCGCGACAAAGAGCGCGAAAUCAAAAAGCAGGAGGAACGCGCAAUAGCGCAGCUCAUCGAAGAGAUACGCCUGGAGGAGUUCGACAAGCAGCAUUUGCCACCCAACAAUGAUAAGCAAAAGUAUCGCGAUGAGCUGCUGGCGGACAUAGCGCGACGUCGUUGCGAGCGCCUUGCUGCCUGGCAGGCGGAGAAGGAUGAGCAUGCCGCCUUCUGCCGGGAAACCGAGCGCCUGGAGGCGGAGGCCAAGCGGAAUAUGUGGCAAGCCAAGUGCCAACUGAAUUGCGCUACACAUGAAUACAUUGCCUAUGUGAAGCGCAUGCGCUCACUGGAGCUGGGCAUUGAGAAGAUGAUGAACGAUCGCAUUGAUGAUCUGUACCAUGUGGAUGUCUGCACCAAGAGCAACAUUGCCGAGAAGGCGCGCAUCAAAGCCGCCGAAGCUGCGCGCUGUCAUGCGCUGCUCAAGCAGCAGGUAUGCGAGCAGCUGGAGCGCCGCAUGCGUGAGGAUGCAGAGCAGCGCGAGAAUAAAAUGCUGGAGAAUCGCUUUGUGCAUCCGCCAGUCACACCUCAGAUGAUUAUUUGCCAACAGCGUCAGCAUCGCGCUGAUCUCGAUGCGCAAAUUAUCGAAAUGAAGCGCGUACAGGCUGAGGAAGAGAAGCGCUUCGAGGAUCGUCUGCUUAAAGCUGUUGAUGAUCCAGAGAUUUGCAUACAGCUGGCGGCACAAUAUCUGGAGGAUGGCACCGACUACUUGCCGGUGCAUCCCAAUUGGAAAAUCUAUGCGUGUCCCAAAAAUAAAUAUGUGCCCAAGGCGCCCAUGGCACAGGAGAAAUUCGAUGAGCUCGUUGCCAAUGCCAGUUUGGACAAGUGUCCGUGUCCUGAAGCCGCACGCGCUGAUUGCGGCUACAUGGCACUGCCAUGUGUUCAGGCAGCCAAGCCAGCCUCUGGUGAUGCAGCUGCUGGUGGAGAUGCUGCCUCGUUGCCAGCUCCAGUUCAGCCGCAAGCGCAGACUGCACGCAAGGAUGCGUUCAAGAGCUGCAUUUGUUAAUUUAAAUUCGUACAGUUCGCUGUUCUCGCACAUAAAAUGUUAAUAAA